GCUUUUGUUUAAUGAGGAACUGAAUAGAGAGAGCGAGGGCUGGUGAUUUCUGCGCCACUAAUUUAAUCUUUUUUUAUUUAUUUUUUAUUUUUUUAUUUUUUGGCUUUUGGUUUUUCGGGCGGGAGUGAUAUGAUUCAGCUCUUGGGUGGAGGCGCAUGGAGAUAACGUACGCAUCACCAAGCUUGAAUGAACUCGUAGAAGAAGAUUCAACCAUGCGGACCACCACCCGCCCCCUCAAGAUUAUCCCCUUGCAGCACCCUUCUACGACGUCCUCUUCCUCUUCGCCCUCCGUUUCUACACCUGCUUCUCUUUUCCUUAAAUGGACCUCCAAGCUUCAGCGCAUGACCUGGAUCGAUUGGCUUGAUCUCUUUCUACCUUGCUCCCGUUGGAUUAGGAGCUACAAAUGGCGCGAGUAUUUUCAGAUCGACGUUAUGGCUGGUGUCACUAUUGGUAUCAUGCUUGUUCCUCAGGCAAUGUCUUAUGCAAAAUUAGCUGGGCUUCAUCCAAUUUAUGGACUUUAUUCUGGUUUUGUGCCUUUAUUUAUCUAUGCCAUAUUUGGGUCAUCACGUCAGCUUGCUGUUGGUCCGGUGGCCUUGGUUUCUCUAUUGGUCUCUAACGUGUUAAGUGGAAUUGUUGAUUCCUCUGAUACGGAAUUAUAUACAGAAAUGGCAAUAUUAUUAGCACUCAUGGUUGGCAUAUUAGAAUGCACAAUGGGGCUCUUGAGGCUUGGAUGGCUUAUUCGAUUUAUCAGUCACUCUGUCAUAUCUGGAUUCACUACUGCGUCAGCUAUUGUAAUUGCCUUAUCUCAAGCGAAGUACUUUUUGGGAUAUGAUAUAGAACGAAGUAGCAAGAUUGUGCCGCUGGUUAAGAGCAUUAUACAGGGAGCAGAUGGGUUUUUAUGGCCUCCUUUUGUAAUGGGAUCAAUCAUUCUUGCAAUACUUCUUGUCAUGAAACAUUUGGGAAAAUCAAGGAAGUACUUAAGGUUCCUUAGAGCAGCCGGUCCUCUCACGGGAGUUGUUUUGGGCACAGCCAUUGUGAAAGUAUUUAAUCCAUCUUCUAUAUCAUUGGUAGGAGGUAUACCACAAGGCCUUCCAAAAUUUUCUAUUCCCAAAGAAUUUGGAUAUGCUACGUCUUUGAUCCCCACUGCAUUUCUCAUUACAGGGGUAGCAAUACUGGAAUCUGUGGGUAUUGCUAAAGCCUUGGCAGCAAAGAAUGGAUACGAGUUGGACUCAAAUCAAGAGUUGUUCGGUCUUGGUGUUGCCAAUAUUUUUGGCUCUUUUUUUUCUGCUUACCCCUCAACAGGUUCCUUUUCUAGAUCAGCUGUUAGCCAUGAAAGUGGGGCAAAAACAGGAUUAGCUGGUGUUGUUACAGGAAUCGUAAUGGGGUGUGCUCUUCUGUUUUUGACUCCAUUGUUUAAAUACAUACCCCAGUGUGCCCUUGCUGCUAUUGUGAUCUCAGCUGUUAUGGGUCUGGUGGAUUUUGAGGAGGCUAUCUUUUUAUGGCGUGUAGAUAAAAAAGAUUUUCUUCUUUGGAUAAUUACUAGCACUACAACCUUGUUUCUUGGUAUUGAGAUUGGUGUCCUUAUCGGGGUUGGUGUUUCACUUGCUUUUGUCAUCCAUGAAUCAGCAAACCCCCAUAUUGCUGUGUUGGGGCGUCUUCCAGGUACUACUGUUUAUAGAAACACCCAACAAUAUCCUGAGGCGUAUACUUACAAUGGAAUUGUAAUUGUACGGAUUGAUUCACCUAUUUAUUUUGCAAACAUAAGUUACAUAAAGGACAGGCUACGUGAAUACGAAACUGAUGUUGAUAAAUGUAGUAGACGUGGACCAGAAGUUGAAAGAAUUUACUUUGUGAUUUUAGAGUUGUCACCUGUUACGUAUAUAGAUUCUAGUGCUGUUCAAGCUCUGAAAGACUUGCAUCAGGAAUACAAGAUGCGAGACAUUCAGAUUGCUAUUUCCAAUCCGAACCGAGAUGUUCUGCUCACUCUAUCAAGAUCAGGUGUAGUAGAAAUGAUUGGUAAGGAGUGGUAUUUUGUGAGAGUUCAUGACGCGGUCCAAGUUUGCCUUCAGCACGUCCAGAGCUUAAAAGGGACACCUAGGAGUACAGAUGAUCCAGUAUUGAAUGAGAAACCGAGUUUCCUACAGAGGGUGCUAAAACAAAGAGCAGAUGAUGACUCCUCCAUUGCUCAAUUGGAGUCUGGUUUCUUCAGAUCGCCAGUUUCUGAAGAUAGUAACCCUCAAUUGGAGCCACUCUUGUCUCGGAAGGCUUAAAAUUUGCUGUGAUUUUUUUUUCUUAAUUUUUUCCUAAUUGUUUUUCCUCCCUUGAUUGCAAUGCUGCCUGUAAAUUUUGCAAGGCAGGGUUAUAAUUCUAUCAUUUUUGUAAAACUACUCCAGGUUUGAUUGUUGUACUGUUAUAAACCUGAUAUUGUAUAAUAUAAUAAUAAGAUCUAAUGUAAUAAUUCUUUAAGCACAUAAAA